AUGCUGAAACAGAACAACGAGAGGAGACCAUCACUGAGCUACAAGCCCUGGACUAUUCCAGAGACCGAGGAGGUGCCCAGCACCAGGAGCAACCAACAUCGCAGGAGCAUCUGCUCCUUGGGAGCCCGCACUGGCUCUCAGGCCAGUAUCACACCACCUUGGACCUACAAUUACUACAUUGAGGAAGAUGAGGACGGUGGGGAGGAGGGAGAGGACUGGAAGGAUGACCUUGAGGAGGAGAACCAGCAGCCAGAGUGCCCCACAGCCCUUCUGGACGGCCAUACUGACACUCCAGUCCAGCUCUCCACGCUGAAAGUGAACGUAGGCGGCCACAGCUACAAGCUGGAAUGCUGUGAGCUAGUCAACUACCCUAAAACGCGUCUGGGCCGUCUGGCCACCUCCACCAGCCGCAGUUACCAGCUGGGCCUGUGCGACGAUUAUGAGGCACAGACAGACGAGUACUUCUUUGACCGUGACCCCGCCGUCUUCCAGCUCAUCUAUAAUUUCUACAUAUCUGGGGUGCUGCUGGUGAGAGAUGAGCUGUGUCCCCGCAGCUUCCUGGAGGAGCUAGGCUACUGGGGCGUGAGGCUCAAGUACACACCACGCUGUUGUCGCAUCUGCUUUGAGGAGAGGAGGGACGAACUGAGCGAUCAGCUCAAGAUCCAGCGGGAGCUGCGUGCCCAGGCACAGGCCGAGGAGGCUGAGGAGCUCUUCCGAGACAUGCGCUUCUACGGGCCGCAGCGUCGCCGCCUCUGGAACCUCAUGGAGAAGCCCUUUUCCUCUGUGGCCGCCAAGGCCAUGGGGGUGGCCUCCAACCUCUUCGUGCUCAUCUCCGUGGUGGCCCUGGCGCUCAACACAGUGGAGGAGAUGCAGCACCAGGCCGAGCAGGGCACAGGUGGUGGGGACCCGAGGCCCAUCCUGGAGCACGUGGAGAUGCUGUGUGUGGCUUUCUUCACUCUGGAGUUCCUGCUGCGCCUCGCCUCCACCCCCAACCUGCGACGCUUCGCGCGCAGCGCCCUCAACCUGGUGGACCUGGUGGCCAUUCUGCCCUUCUACCUGCAGCUGCUGCUUGAGUGCUUCACGAGCGAGGACCAGAGGGGUGGCAAGGGUUCCCCGAUGGAACAUGACCUGGAGACCGUGGGGCGUGUGGGCAAGGUGGGCCAGGUGCUGCGCAUCAUGCGCCUCAUGCGCAUCUUCCGCAUCCUCAAGCUGGCACGCCACUCCACCGGGCUGCGUGCCUUUGGCUUCACCCUGCGCCAGUGCUACCAGCAGGUGGGCUGCCUGAUGCUCUUCAUCACUAUGGGCAUCUUCUCCUUCUCUGCAGCUGUCUACUCGGUAGAGCAUGACGUGCCUGGCACCAACUUCACCAGCAUCCUCCAUGCCUGGUGGUGGGCCGCGGUAAGCAUUUCCACUGUGGGCUAUGGAGACAUGUACCCAGAGACCCACCUGGGCAGGCUCUUUGCCUUCCUCUGCAUCGCUUUUGGGAUUAUUCUCAAUGGGAUGCCCAUUUCCAUCCUCUACAACAAGUUCUCCGAUUACUACAGCAAGCUCAAAGCCUACGAGUACACCGCCAUCCGUAGGGAGCGGGGAAAGGUGAACUUUAUGAAGAGAGCCACCAAGAAGAUGGCUGAAUGUUUAUCUGGAAGCAACACACAGCCCACCACAAGGCAUGAGAAUUAA